CAGUGGAUGCCCUGAGCCUUUCUGGAGCGCGCGCGCGAGCUUUCACGACACCGACACCCCAGGGUAGCAGUACACACGGUGAGCUUAGCACAGCCCGGGAGGAGGAGAUGACGAGGCUGCUGCUGCUGCGCCUUGCUUUGCUCCUCGUCGCGGCGGGGGUCGAUGCCGUGGGACCGUCAGCGCCGGCGCGGAGCGGCGACGGUGGCGGUGAGCCGGGCGGGGGCUUGAGCAGGGACGACUUCCCCGGGGGAUUCGUGUUCGGCGCCCGCACGUCGGCUUAUCAAUGGGAAGGCGCGGCGGCGGAGGACGGCAGGACGCCCAGCAUCUGGGACACCUUCGCUCACGCCGGUCAUUACUCUGGAGAUGGUGAUGUAGCAGCCGAUGGCUACCACAAGUACAAGGAGGAUGUCAAACUUAUGAAGGAGACUGGUUUGGAUGCUUAUAGGUUCUCUAUCUCUUGGUCAAGGCUAAUCCCUAAUGGCAGAGGGGAAGUCAACCCAAAAGGGUUGGAGUACUAUAAUAAUCUUAUCAAUGAACUUCUGGAUCAUGGAAUUCAACCACACGCUACCAUUUUUCAUUAUGAUCUUCCUCAAGUUCUAGAAGAUGAAUACAAUGGAUGGCUGAGCCCUCAAAUCAUUGGUGAUUUCACAGCAUAUGCAGAUGUUUGCUUUAGAGAAUUUGGGGACAGGGUUACCUAUUGGACUACUCUAAACGAACCUAAUGCUUUUGCUUUGCUUGGUUAUGAUACUGGACUUGGGCCGCCAGGGAGGUGUUCUAAACCGUUUGGCAAUUGUUCCAAUGGAAAUUCUGCAGCUGAGCCAUACAUUGUAGCUCAUCAUUGUUUGUUGGCUCAUAGCUCAGCUGUAUCAUUAUACAGGAGAAGCUAUCAGGAAAAGCAACAAGGAUUCAUUGGCAUGGACAUAUUUACAUCGGAUUUUUUACCUUAUACCAACUCAACAGAAGAUAUAGCUGCAGCCAAAAGAACACAAACCUUCUUCAUAGGCUGGUUCUUGGAUCCACUUUAUUAUGGAGACUACCCAAUUUUAAUGAAGAAGAAUGUUGGUUCCAAGCUGCCAAAAUUCUCUAGAGACCAAUCUGAACAACUAAUGAGCUCAAUGGACUUUCUUGGUGUAAAUUACUACACCAUAACGCAUGUGAAGGAUGAUCCACAGGAUGCUCCUAACAACAGAAGGGAUUUCAUGGCUGAUGCAUCUGCUAAGACAAAUCUAAAUUAUUCUACCACUCAUGUAUAUAUUCCGAGUUAUGGUCUCCAGGAUGUGCUUGAAUAUUUGAAGCAAUCUUAUGGCAAUCCUCCCAUCUACAUCCAUGAGAAUGGUUAUCCAAUGAGUCAAGAUGUGGUAUUUGACGAUGAACAUAGGGUGAAAUUCUUGAGUGAGCACCUUAGAAGCUUACUGAACUCUCUCAGGAAUGGUUCAAAUACCAAGGGCUACUUCGUCUGGUCGCUCAUGGAUCUAUACGAACUUCUUGGUGGCUUCAGCACUACAUAUGGGCUCUAUUACGUCGACUUAACCGACAAGGAUUUGAGGAGGUAUCCAAGGCGCUCUGCCAUUUGGUACGCAGAUUUUCUGAAGGGGAGAAGGGACGCAGCAUCUGUGAGAUCUUCUGAUUCCUCGCUGUCUAUAUCUAGUGUUUAGGCAGCUCUGGUUAUUUUUAUUAGAAAAUAGAUGAUCUAUGUCAAAGCAACCGUCGGGCAGUUGCACAUCGAGCAACUGCCCGAUAGUUGUCCAUGCUUAUUUGUCGAUAGACAUCCAUUCAAGAGGAGUGUCUCUCGAACUGAUACCUCUUGAGCAUGAUAUAUAUCAAUAAUUAAUAAAGAAUGAGUUUGAAUCUA